UGAUAACAUAAUAUCACGUGUAAAUAUUCCUGUUGAUGUUUAAUUUCAAUAUUACUAAAAUUCCAACCUUUGCAAAAACCGGAACAUUGAACGAAUUUGCUGUAGUGAAAUUAGCGAACAACAAUGAGUGAUUGCGAUACCGAAUCAUUAUUGUCCGUCGGAUUGCCAACGAGAACGCGGAAGAAAGGCAUUGUUUAUUUAUCGUCGAUACCGAAAUACAUGAACGUGACAAAACUUCGUGAACUGUUGGGUGAAUACGCCGAGAUAGGAAGAGUAUUUCUACAGCCAGCUUCUAAUCCGAAUUUAAAAAAGAGACCUGCCAAACAUUUCACUGAGGGUUGGGUAGAAUUUGAACGUAAGAGUGCUGCUAAAAAGAUAGCAACACUAUUAAAUGGCAAACGAAUUGAUUCUCGAAAGCGUAGCAAAUAUUUUGAUAGUGUGUGGAAUAUAAAAUACUUGCCUAGAUUCAAAUGGAUCCACUUAAAUGAACGUCUAGCUUAUGAAAAAGCUGUGCGUAAACAUCGUCUUCGAGCUGAAGUAUCGCAAGUAAAAAGAGAAGCUAAUCACUUUUCUUCAAACAUCGUACGAAGCGAGAAGAAUAAGUUUCAUCAAAAAUCAAAUGUUGAUAUUAAUGUUCGACAAAGAUUACCGGAGGAAGAGUUUGUACAAAACAAAAACAAUGCAACAGAAAUUGAAUCCAGAACAGAAUUUUUAUCAAAACUAUUUAAUUAAUUAAAUUAACAAACAAAUAAAUGUACAUAACACAUGUAAAUAAAU